GGUAAAUGGAUCAAAGCUCGUCCCAGCCAGACCUCAAGAUGUUGAGGAGGUUUAGUCAGCUUACUAAACUAACAAAACUUCAACCUAAUAAAUCUCCAAGAAAGAACAAUGUCAAAGAACACUUCCAAAAUGCUCUUAAGAAACUGAAAGAAGGCAAUAGUAGUUAUAAGAAGGGGUUUAAGAAGAGGAGUAAUACUAAGCCAAGGGAUUUACUUUCGUCUUUGACAGACAAAAUAUUUGAUGGAUCGAUCUAUAAGUUGAGUUUUAAUGAAGUUAUCUUUAUUUUGAAAUAAAGAGAGUGAAGAUAGGCAGAAAUUUGAGAUAAAUGGGAUGCAAAGAUUCUUCAAGGAUAAUAAAUUCUUCAAAGAUCUUGAGCUGACUGAAGGAGAGGAUACUGUGAAAAAGUGUUUCCAGAGACUGAAAUACGCUUGAUACGAGGAAGGAGAGUACAUUAUGAGACAAGGAGACGAUGGGGAUAAAUACUAUAUAAUCUUGGAAGGAGAAGUUCAAAUUUUGAUAAAUAAGCAAAUUACACAGGAGUUCUCAUGUAUGGAGUUGCUCACCUUGGUAAUUCAAAACUAUGAGUUCAUAAUUCAAAAUCACGAAAAGCACGAAAUUCUGAAAGAGCUCAAAUAUUACUUCAAGCAUUUGAUCAAGGUAGAUUUGAAAGGCAAACUUUGAAUCAAAAAUCUUGAAAAAGCACAACGUUAUUUGGAGACUAGUGACCGAAUAGUGCAUUUUACACGCACUAACGCAUACGGGAUCAAGGAAUGCAUUAAGAAGCAAUUUACCUACACUAUUAUGAAAGAAGUUUCAAGGAUGUCUGAUGGAGGCAGCGUUGGAGAAUAUGCUCUCCUCCAUGGAAAGAAGAGAUCAGCUACAGUCCGUGCAUUAAAAUAAAACCCAUUUCGCAACAAUGGAUAAGAAUGAUUUUGAAGAGGUGAUGUAUAGCAUUAAGAAGAAGGAAAUUGACCAAGUUGUGUCCUUCCUUGAUGGGUAUGAAUUCAUUAAAAAUCUUACAUAUACAACGAAGGCAAAGCUUGGAUAUCGACUUAAAAAUAAGAGUUAUUCUCUUGGACAGGAAGUAUUCUAUGAAGGUUCCAACGACUCAAACGUUUACUUCAUUGAGUCAGGACAAUUUGUAAUAACCAAAGCUUUGUACAUUAGGAAAGAUAGCGGCAAGACUAUUAUUGACUUCAGGAGGGCCUACUCUGGUAAACCUUUCAAUGUUCUAAAAUCUACAUUUAAUGAAGAGACAGUAUGAUUGUUCACUGAUAAUAUUGAUGAUCAACCCUUAAAUAAGAACAAAGAGUCAGAGUAUUUUGAUCUGAAGAUAUCAAUUCGUACUAGUGGGGGAAUGUUCGGACUGACUGAAAGAUUCUUAGGAUGUCCUUACAGAAUCAUGUCAAUAAAGUGAAUAUCUAAACAAGGUUGUUUGAAAUAUGUAGAUUCAGAUUCUCUUUUAGAUAGCUGUAAAAGCCUUGACUCUUCAAUAUUUGGAGCAAUACUUGCAAAGAAAUUUAGCCUUACUUAUCAAGGGAUACAAAAUUUUUGCAAGUGGAAGAAGGCUGAGAUCAACCAGAGUUACUAUAAAGUCCCCCUUCUAUCUCAACUUCAGAGCGAAAAGAUGAGGAAAGUUAGAACCUUUUCGGUAACUCAGAACUCAUAUAAGAAAGAAAAGGAAGAGUCUUACUUCAAUAAUUUAUCUGAAGAGUCUCCUAUCAAGACUCAAAGAAAAAGAAAAGCGACUAUCGACAAUGAUAUUUCAAAUGGAGAUUCAGGAUCUCCGAAAUCAGACAGGUCUAAUUCAUAUGCUAACGCUAGGAAUUCUCCUCGCGAGCAGAAAUUUUUUCAAAAGUUUACAAUGGCAAGGCUCUGUCUCACUUUGUAGCCUGAUGAGUCUAAAUUUCAGAAAACUGGAAGAAAUUUAGAAAAUAGAAGCACUUCAGGGUUCCAUAAGAAGAAUAAUCUUACUAUUGUUACAGACAGGGAUCUCAAGAGGAAAUUUGAACCUAAGUCAACUUCAAUACCUAAGAUAAUAUCAGAGAAGAGAGACUCAUUGAUCA